AAUGACAGUGAGGCCCCUGAGCCCACACCUCCUUCUUCCCCUUCCAAGGGCUGUGUCUGCUCUGCCCUCCUUCAACUGAGCAGACUUCCUGGGAAGAUGCUACCAGUUCUCAUUCUCAUGACCCUACUUCUGCCUCUUGAAGCUGGAGCAGAGGAGAUUAUCGGGGGCCAUGAGGUCAAGCCCCACUCCCGCCCUUACAUGGCACAUGUGAAAUUUGUGAAAGAUGAUGGGAAUAGAAGUGUCUGCGGAGGCUUCCUGGUUCAAGACUACUUUGUGCUGACGGCUGCUCAUUGCACUGGAAGAUCAAUGAAAGUCAUACUAGGGGCCCACAAUCUCCAUGAGCAGGAGAAGACUCAGCAGAUCAUCCCUGUGAAAAAGGCUAUUCCCCACCCGGCCUAUAAUCGUGAGGACCACAUUAAUGACAUCAUGCUAUUAAAGUUGGAGAGUAAGGCCAAGAAGACUAGAGCUGUGAGGCCUCUCAAUUUGCCCAGGCCCAAUGACAUGGUGAAGCCAGGGAAUGUGUGUCAUGUUGCUGGCUGGGGCCUAAUGUCCGUCAAUGUCACUAAAAGAACUUCCCGCCUACAAGAGGCUAAACUGAUCAUCCAGGAGGACAAGGAAUGCAAAAAACUCUUCCAUCACUAUUCUGAGACCACAGAGAUUUGUGCUGGAGACCCAAAGAAAAUACAGGCUGUGUACAAGGGUGACUCCGGGGGACCCCUUGUGUGUGAAAACAGAGCUUAUGGAGUUGUAUCCUAUGGGAAAAAAGGGGAAAUCUCUUCAGGAAUCUUCACCAAGGUUGUGUACUUCCUGCCAUGGAUAAACAGAAACAUGAAGCUCCUCUAACAGGUUAACACCUGUACCCAACCAGCCUUUCUGACCUCAGGCAAGAACCACGAUGAGUGUGCAUCAAAGGCUGAAAAUCCAUAAUAAAUAACCCCCAGUGUGCAUGUAAUUUAAGUACUUUGCUGUUUGAGCCACUUCAUUGUUUCCACACCUCUCUGGUCCAGGAGGACCUCCCCUGUCACUUCUUGGCUUUGCUUCCCCCUUCUUCCCCAACUCAUCCUCUUACUGGGACUUCAGGCUACACAGUUCCCACAUAUUUAUCACCCAUUCAUGGUGGAAGGUAGGGUGUUGUUUCUUUGAUUCUAUUUUUGAGUAGGGUCUCACUGUAUAG